AUGGCAGAGAAAGGGGGGAAAUCUUCUCUGAAAUCGCCGGUUGGAAAUGGUGAAAGCUCUGGAAAGUCAAAGAAAGGGAAAGGGAAGAAAGUUCAGUUUGAUUCCGAAGAUUCGCUUGAACCCAGUAGUCCAAAGUUUAACGGAAAGGCUGAUACGCCAGCUGCGAAAGGUGGAAAAGGAGACAGGACUGCAAAUGGCUCUAAGAAAACCUCUGGAAAAGCAACUUCACAAGUGGAGCAAAGGCGCGAGCAAGAGCUUCCUCCUAAUUCUCAGUGUUUAAUGGACUGUGAAGCCGUAGAAAUCUUGCAAAGCAUCCAGGAUCAGAUGGGUAUACUGUCUCAAGAUCCAGACAUAAAACUUCCAGUGUCAUUUGAUAUGGGACUGACAUAUGCAAAGAGAAGUGAGAAUUCUGCAAAGCCUGAGACAGUAAAGAAAAUAUUUGCACCUCUGAAGAAGCAUGGUGUUUCUGAUAGUGAGAUUUGCAUGAUUGUUAACAUGUGCCCUGAAUCAGUGGAUGAAGUCUUUGCCCUAAUCCCAGGGCUCAAGCCCAAGAUGAGCAAGUUAAAAGACCCUAUCAGAAUUGCUCUGGACGAAUUAGCCAACCUAAAGGAAGCACUGGCUAACCUGAAAAAUUUACGAGUAUAG